AUGCAUGAGAAACUUCUAACUGGUCUGUUAGAAAGCUAUGAUUUUCUUUGUCCAAAUGAAUAUUCAGCAAAAACAUUUGGAAUUCUCGCUUUUUUGACGCGAAAGGGUGUUGGUGAUAUUAACUUUUCAGAUUUAUUUGAUGAUAUCGAUAAACCAGGUCGUAACAGAGAAAUGGUCAGUUUUACAAGAUUACUCGAAGAUAAACGACAAUCACUGCAAGAUAUCGAUGCAUCAAUUGAAAAAUGUUUAAUGUUAAAUCGUUUAUUAACAUUCAUUCAGAAGUUUUUCUCAACUAAGAACGAGUCAGAAUUCACAGCACUUAUUUCUGAUAUUCGUCUUGAAAUGCAUUCACAAUUAUUAGAACAUGAUCUACCAUUACAAUUAAAAUCCGAGGAUUUUCGACUGAGAGAAAAAGAAUUUCAACUCAGAAAUAAUGCACAACGUCGGAGAAGACUUUUUUUUUAUGAUAUUAAAGAUAUUGAAAGUCCUCCAAAUUUAAUCAAUUUACAAAACAAAACAACAGCUCAUUUAACCUUUAUUAUUAAUAAUAUGCGAAAGAAUAAUUCAUUUCGUCAACAUGGACUUCAUGAAAUCAAGUCAAUAUUAAAUGACUCAUUUCUUAUUGUGUCUCAUCCUCACAUCGGCUCUACGGCACCGGUAACAAUAUAUGAUAAAAAAUCUGCCGACGAGUAUACUGCAAAGAUAAAUAUUAGAAUUAUGUGUUUAUUACAUGAUUAUAUGAGUAAUAAUACAAAUUCUAUUGAAAUUUAUGAUGUUGAGCCAAGUUUAUGGCCUGUAUCACAAACACCUCCGCUACCGUAUAAACUUGUAGAACCACAAUCAAUUACGUGGAAAACGUGUCAAGUGAAUAUUUUAGGAAAACUAAAGACAUUUCGUUAUUGUGAAUUAACAUCAUUUACACUCAAACAAUCACAAACUUCAGUAGAACCAAGAGUUCGAUUUGCACAACAAUUACAUCGAUUUAGAUUUGCAAUUAAACUUAAUUUUCACAUCGAAGCUCUCAACGAACAUUUUGAGCACUUUCUUACUGUCGAUUCAUUAUCAUUCGGAAUUGGUGCUCAUAAUUCUUAUACCUCUGCUCUUGAAACAAGAGUGUUACUCAAUGACAUUGAAACGUUUUGGAAUCGUCCUGUAUGUGCACAAAAGACUAUGUACUCUCAACCACUAGAUCCAAGAGAAGUUAUACAUUAUAUGUUCCGUUAUUUUGUACAUAAAACAGGUGUUAAACCAAAUAGCUGUGUGCGUUCUUAUCUCAAACAAGAGAUAACGAAAGCAUAUGAGAGCAAAACUGGAAACAAUGUUAAUCUAUCAUUAGAAGAUAUUUAUUUCGAUGUCUUAGUACAAUUUGUUAAUCAAGUUGAAUUUAUGGCAAAACAUCCUGUUCUUGCCAUGUUUCAUGCCGAUGGACUUUUUCUUGGAACAUGUAAUAGUACCAUAGCAGCAGACGCAAUGGUUAGACCACGAUCACCGUCAGAUUCUCAAACAGAAUCAUCUCCUAUAAUUGGUUUGAGAUUUAAUUCAAUAAAAACUGAUAAGACAAAUAAACGAAUACAGUAUCGAACAUUAGAUAGUAGCAUAUUAGCCAAUGAUAUUAGUAAACUUGUAUGUGAUACCGUGGAGCAAAAAGCAAAUAAUAUUCGAGUAUUAUCUGAUUUUGGUGAAACAUAUUUAAAUAAAACUUAUAAAUCUUUUAAAGAUUUUUGCAAUUAUUUUAGUGAAAAAUUGGAACAAUUAUGCAAAAAUGAUGGAAAAUAUACACCAGUAACAAAUGUCGUAUCAAAUGCAACAGAUAUACCAACUGAAACAAAAAUAGAAAACUCAUUACAUCCAAAUUAUACAUUAUCAUCAUUUACAAAUUUUGACUAUGCAAGAACUCCAGAUGUUUCGCCAUUCUCACCACCAUCAGUUUACACAGAGGUAUUUAUUAACUUAUUUGAACAAAUUUUUUUCGAUGCUAACGAGAAAGGAUGA